UAUAAUGCAGUUCACGGUAGUUACAGUGAGCCGAUCGUCCGCGAAGCAAGCACGAGGAUGAAAGCGAUUGCGUUGUUCCUGGCGGCUGUAUGCCUGGCUCAGGCCACGCAAGUGCCUGUCCACACCGCCGACAAGACCUACCUGGUCAAGCAGAAGAACAUCUACGAGCUAUUCUGGCACGUCGACCAACCCACCGUCUAUCACCCGGAGCUCUACCAAAAGGCGCGAUCCUUCAACUUCGAAGACAACGUCGCUUCGUUCAACGAUCAGGUAGCGGUUACCGAGUUCCUACAGCGAUUGAAACACGGAAUAAUCCCGCGAGGAGUGGUGUUCUCCGGCCCCCAACAUUUCCAUGAAGCGGUCAACCUGUUCCAUGUCUUCCAUAGCGCCAAGGAUUUUGACACCUUCUAUAAUGCUGCCGUUUGGGCGCGUUUCAAUGUGAAUGAAUACGUGUAUAUUUACGCGUUGAGCGUUGCCGUCCUGCAUCGCCCCGACACCAAACACAUCCGUGUACCCCCGGCUUACGAAGUACUCCCCUAUUACUUCUUCAACGAGGAAGUUAUACAUCAGGCCCAUCACAUCGCCUUGGGCAACACGCAAAAUGCCGUGAAAAAAACAGUCGGAAGUGUAGAUUACUAUUACAUUCCUGCCAACUACAGCGACUGGUACAUAGUGCAUGACCAUGGGGUUUCGGAUUAUCAUAAAUUAAGCUACUUCACCGAGGACGUCGGUUUGACCUCUUUCUAUAUCGCAAGCAUCCACGACUUCCCACACUGGCUAAACAGCGUUAAACAUAACUUGCCCCAGUUCGUCCGCGGCGAAUUGUAUUUGUACUUGCACCAUCAGAUUCUCGCUCGUUAUAAUCUGGAGAGACUGUCGCACAAUGUCGGCGAAGUCGAUUACGUUGACGUAAACAGGCCCGUCGUUCCUUAUUAUCCGACGCUGCAACAUCCCAAUGGAGCAUCGUUCCCCCAACGUCCCGUUGGUUUCGAGAUUCCUGUUCACGUGCACGAGGAUGUCCAGGCUCUGCAGGAUGCCCAUGUUCGCAUUUCCGAUGCCAUUGCCAGCGGCCAUAUCGUUGACGCGAACGGCAAGCCAAUCGAUAUUUACAAGACCGUGGACGGUCUCAAUCAACUCGGCAACAUUAUCCAAGGAAACGCCGAUUCCGUCAAUCCCGGGUACUAUGGACACUUGGACGUAUUGUACAGGAAAGUCUUUGGGGUAACCCCGGUACACCACACCACCUCGAACCACGUUGUCCCUAGCGCUCUUGACCUGUUGAGCACCCGUUUGAGAGAUCCUCUGUUCUAUGGAAUAUACAAGAAUAUUGUUAGCUACUGGACGAAAUACAAGCAACACUUGCCGAAAUACACACACGAGGAACUCGUCUUCCCAGGCGUGCAUGUCGAAUCCGUCACCGUUGACAAACUGGUAACAUUCUUCGACCAUUUCGACUCCUUGAUCAACAACGCUGUGUCCGUGAGCAGCCACAAAGAGGCGCAAUCGACGGUGAUCAAAGCGCGUCAGAACCGUCUUAAUCACAAGCCCUUCAGUUUUCACAUCACAGUCCACAGCGACAAGAACGUCAAGGCGAUCGUUCGCGUUUUCAUUGGACCCAAAUACAACGUUCACGGCCACGAAGUAGACAUAAGCGAGACUCACCACCACUUCUUGGAGUUGGAUCAGUGGGUCGUUGACCUGGUAUCUGGUACCAACAAGAUCGAGCGCAGCAGCCACGAGUCUGUCUACGUCACUCCGGAUGAGGUCCCAAGCGAUGUCCUGUACAAGAAGGUCGUGAAGGCUCUCGAGGGUGGCGAGGCCUUCACCUAUCCAGAACAACUUUAUGGCUUCCCUGAUCGUCUGAUAAUUCCCAGAGGCAAAAAGGAGGGCUUGCAGUUCAAACUCUUCGUGGCUGUGUCGCAUUUCGACGAAACGGCUGCCGUACACGUGGAUUCCCCCGUCUGGGGUUCGAACGUAGUGGACGCUCGUUCGUUGGGAUACCCACUUGACAGACCGAUUCCCUUCAACUUCACCGAAGUACCCAACUUCCACAUCAGGGACGUCGUGAUUACUCACAAGCAGGUGGACGAUUUGAAUCAAAUCAACUGCGCGCGCGACGUCGGGUGUCGCAGAGGAUUCUUGGCGAAUUCUCGACUCGACGCCAAUCGGGAAAAGCGGAAGAUGCAGCUCCUGACGGCCCUGGCCGCAAUCGCGGUCGUCGGUUUGGUAGCCGCCGACUACAAUACCGUCAAGGUCGCCGACAAGGAGUUCCUCCUUAAGCAGAAGAAGGUCUACAAUCUUCUCUAUCACGUCUCGCAACCUUCCCUCGUGAACCCUACUCUCUACGAGGAAGGUCGCUCGUAUAACAUCGAGGGCAACAUUGAGUCUUACACUAAUACGACUGCAGUGAAGAACUUCCUCUACCUGUACGAGUAUGGGAUGCUUCCACGUGGUGAGCUCAACACGGUGUACUAUUCGAGGCAUCUGAAGGAAACGGAGGCGUUGCUGCGUCUAUUCUACUAUGCCAAGGACUUCGACACCUUCUACAAAACGGCAUCAUGGGCGCGCAUUAACGUGAACGAGAUGCAGUACAUCUACGCCUUUUACAUCGCCGUCACACGUCGCGAGGACACCAAAUUCAUUCAGCUGCCGCCCCUCUACGAGCUGUACCCUUACGCAUUCUUCAACUCCGAAGUGCUCAAAAAGGCGAAUCACGCGAAACUCUUCGGCAAACUCGACUCGAAGAAGUUUGGUGACCACAAGACCUACAUUAUCCCGGCGAAUUACUCCGCAUGGUACGUUUCGCACGAGUACGAUAUUGAGCAGAAGCUCAAUUACUUCACCGAAGAUAUCGGCUGGAACAACUACUACUUCUACUUCCGGCUCGACAAUCCGUUCUGGCUCAAGAGCAAGGAAUUCGGACUGCAAAAGUGGCGCGGCGCGGAAUAUCUCUACGGUCACAAACUGCUGAUGACACGUUACUACUUGGAACGGCUGUCCAACGACAUCGGUAAGAUCGAGGAUUUCGAUUGGCACAACGAAUUCUACACGGGAUACUACCCGACGAUGACCUAUCACAACGGACUGCCGUUGCCACAAAGGCCCUAUUGGAGCAAAUUCCCCUAUUACAAGUACGCGUACAUAAAGGACCUGGAGGACAUGGAAUCUCGAGUCUCGGCCGUCAUCGAUUCCAAAUUCGUGGUGGACGUGACUGGCAAACUGGUCAACAUCUACACCUCCGAGGGCUUCAACACCCUCGGCAACAUCAUCGAGGGUAAUAUGGACUCCUGUAACCGCGAUUUUUACGGCAGCAUCGAUAUGUUCGCGAGGAAGAUCCUGGGAUACAACCUGGAGCCGUCAACUUCGUAUCAAAUUGUACCUAGCGCCCUCGAGUUUCACACCACGUCUAUGAGAGAUCCCGCGUUCUACCGUCUCUACAACAGAAUAUUUAAGUUCUAUCAUUACAGGUACAAAAUGCAUCAGAAACCAUACGAAAAGGACGAGAUCAUCUAUCCCGAGCUAAAGAUCGAAUCUUUGGUCGUGGAUAAGUUGAUCACCUACUUCGAUCAAUUCGACAGCUCGAUCAGCAACGGUUUGAUAAUCGAUGACGUGGAGGAACUCGAGAAGACAUUGGUCAAAAUCCGUCAGUAUCGUCUUAAUCACAAGCCCUUCAGCUUCCAUCUCGCCAUCAACGCCGAGAAGACGAUGAAAGCUGCGAUACGCAUCUUCCUCGGACCCAAGCAUGACAUUCACCAUAAACCGCUGGACAUCGCCGAAGGGGCACAAUACUUCUACGAAAUGGACAACUGGAUUGUCGAUCUGAACGCCGGCACGAACAAGAUCGUUCGGAACAGCCAAGACUGCGCCUUCAUCGCGCCCGAUCCGGAGCCGAGCGAGGUCUUCUACAAGAAGGUGCUCAAGGCCUUGGAUUCCGAGUCCGACAGUCUCUCGUACGUGGAACGGUUGAACGGAUUCCCGGAGCGUCUACUCCUACCCAAGGGUAAGAAGGAGGGCAUGCCGUUCCAGGUCUUCGUGUACGUAAGCCCGGUCGAGGAGGAGCCGAUCGUCUACACGUCCCGCAUCUUCGGCGGAAAUAAAUUGGACGACAAGCCGCUCGGAUUCCCGUUGGACAAGCCCACCUUCAAUUUCCGCUACAACGGCACGAACAUGUUGCUGAAGGACGUUACGAUCUACCACAAGGACGAGAUGGAGCUGAAUGUCACUCAUUGAGAGCAUGCCGCCAUCAUUCGAUUUAACGUGACAUACAUUCGCGACUAGACGCAUUUGAGUUUAUAUACAGGGUGUCCCAAAACUCAUAAUCAGUCUUUCAAAGACAGAUUCCUGGGAUCAUUUGGAGACGAUUUUUCCUCAGCGAAAAUGUCGAUGAAGGCCAUCAUUUUGUUGCAUGUUCCCAAUUUUUGUCAUCGUAUAUCUUUGCGAUUAAGCCUUAAAUUAAAACUCAACUAGA